AGGGUAUUCACCAUCCCCAAAUAUGGAAGUGCAUCAUAUAACGAUACCCUAUCCGCUUUGCACCUUCCAUUGUGGCAAACUGACGGAUUCUCCCUGUCGAGAAAGAAUCGCUCGAAUAUCACGGCAAGAAAAAGUUCGUUCACAACACAGCAUCGAUUGAUUCAUUCUUCCUCGUACUUACGGCACGACUGUCAACAUGCCUCCUUUCCCAUUAUUAUUCCAUUCUCCUAACAAUUGGACAUCGAACCAACUUGAGGAUUUGAGACUAGUACGGCAUUUUAACGCCUCUCUCGACGAAAUACUUGGAGAUGAUUAUCUUCCCAAGGAUGGAGAUGAAGAAUUCGAAUCGCUCGCCAUGGAAUUUGCCGAACCGACAGAAAACGAGUUAAAGAAUCUUUGGCGAACAGCAACACGUGCCCGAUACAGGCGCAACAUUUUCCUGCCAGUUUUUCGACCUCUAUGCGAGAUGCUCAAUUCCGAUGUUUUCUUCGACGCGUCCAAGCAAGCCGUAUUUAGCUUCAUGGAGAUCAUCUUGCGCCACGUGCACCUGGACAAACCUCUGCAAUCUUCACGUAUCCAUACCAUGAGCUUUGAAGUCACAGGUAUUCGAGGCGAAGUUGAGUGUGAAGGGGUGCUACUCGAUUGUUCUAUGCCACAUUCUCCAUUGGUAGUAUUUUCGGUUGCCAAAGAUGGUGACUACAACUUCAAAGGCCAAGUAGCACAGUUGUUACUGCAAAAGGUGGUGGCAUACCAAAGGAACCUGUGUCGUAGAGCCUUUGUUAUCUUUAUGGAUAGCACAAAUCUUCAGCUUACUAUGGCAGACCCACCCCGCGAAUACUUAGACGCUCUCUUGCAUGGAGAGCGCCCAGACAAGCGCCUCCAUCUAUAUCACUCGGAGUUUUACAAUCUUUGCAAUCGCCGUCGACGGAAGGAGGCAUUGAGGGUUAUGCUCGGUCUUGUCAGGCUACUUGAUGCAGAUGGACUGACAAGAAGGUUGCCUUGA